UCAGUCAGCUGCGCGAGAGGAUGGCGGACCAGAACAGGCAACUCAAACUCGCUGCAGCCAAGAAAAAGCUAAAGGAGUUUCAGCAGAAGACCACACCAUCUACAGGAAGUGCUGGACCAAAGAAGAAGAGGAAAGUCAAAGGGGGAGAUCAGCCUGACACACCUGCUGACAGACACUCGCCAGACAACGAUCAUGUGGAUGUGGUGAACUGGGUCUCUCAGGAUCUGGAGGAGACCAGCGCUGAACCUGAGCGUAACCUCGCUUCUGCUAUUAACACCGAGUGUGUCUCUGAUAACGCUGUCCUGCAGCAGAAUUCGACAGCCGGUUCAAACGGUGAUCAACAUCAUGUGGAAGAAAAAAGGCCGUUGUCAUCUACAGAGAGUUUGAGACAGCUCUCACAGCAGCUCAAUGGACUUCUGUCUGAAUCAACGACAUACAUCAACGGAGACAGCGGACCGCCAACUAUCAGUGAGAAAGAACUGGAGACUCGCAACCAAGAGCUGGCAGCUGCGCUGGACUCCAGCACGGUGACGAACACGCAGCUCACAGCCAAACUCGAGUCUCUGACGAAGCAGUCUCAAGAGCUUUCUGAGCAACUGCAGAAGGAGCGUAAAGAAUAUGAGCAGAAGUUUAAUAAAGAACAGGGCGCGAUGCGUGAACAGCUACAGGUUCACAUUCAGACCAUCGGCAUCCUCGUGUCAGAGAAAUCGGAGCUACAAACGGCCCUGUCUUACACACAGCAGGCAGCACGACAGAAAACAGGUGAGGCAGAGGAUCUGAACUCAAGGCUUCAUGCUAGUAAACAGCGAGUAUCUGAACUGGAAAGAACAUUAUCUACAGUCUCUACACAACAGAAACUCUUUGAGAAGCAUAAUAAAGAACUUGAAAAGGAGAGAGACAGUUUACGAUUAGAAGUCCUCAGAUUUAAGAAUGUGAGUGAAGAUUUGAGGCAGCAGAACUCUGAACUCUCUGAGCAGCUCAAGAUGAGAGUAAACGAGAACAACGGCAUGAAACUGGAAGUGGAUGAACUGCGAAAGCGUCUGGAGAUGGCCGACGUCAUGCUGCAACAGUUCUCCAGUCAGUCCGGUCCUCAGUCAGAACACCAGCAGGUUCAGCUUCUCCUGGAAGAGAAAAGCCAGAUAGAGACUCGCACCGCUCAGCUGAUGGAGUCAGUCGCUCAGCUGCAGGGAGAGAGAGAUCGGUACGCUGGACAGAUACAAGAGGAAGGACGAGUGUGGAAAGACAAGACUGAACAACUGCUGUCACAGGUGCGUGUGAUGUCAGAGGAGAGGGACAGCAGUGCAGCUCAGAUUCAAGAGCUGCAGGAUAAGAUCACAGAAAUGGAGAACGCUGCAGCUGUGAUGGGUAAAGAGCAGGAAGCUCAGUCAGUGUCACAGAUCUCAGGUCAGUCAGAAACUGAACUGGCACUUCAGGAAACCAUCAACAGCCUUCAACAGGAGAGAGACGCUCUCAGUCUACAGUACCAAGCACAGGUGCGAGACAACGAGCAGCUGAGUCGACUGGUUCAGGAACAGGAGAUGAGGCUGGAGGAACUGGAGAGACUAGCUGAGCGCGCGUCUGAAGACACUCAAGAUCGACUGCGCAUUCUGGAGGACGUACAGAGCGAUAAAGCAACGAUCAGCCGCGCGCUCGCGCAAAACAGAGAACUCAAAGAUCAGCUGGCCGAGUUUCAGAACGGCUUUGUUAAGCUGACCAAUGAAAACAUGGAGCUGACCAGCGCUCUUCAAUCGGAGCAGCACGUCAAGAAGGAGAUUGCUCGUAAAAUUGGUCAACUGCAGGAAGAUCUGCACAAUGCCAAAGAACAACUGCUGGAGAAGUCGCAGGAAGUGACAUCAGUGCAGGAGCAGAGAGAUCAGUAUCUGGCUCAUCUGCAGCAGUACACCGCUGGAUAUCAGCAGCUCGUGUCUGAACGAGAGCAUGUGCACAUGCAGUUCCUGCAGCAGGUGCAGCUGAUGGACCGACUACAGCACGAAGAGGUGCAGGGCAAAGUUCAGCUGGAGCAGAGUCACCUGCAGCUGCAGCAGGCGCAGGAGAGGUUGAAUGAGCUGGCCAGAGACAAUGAAGAGUUGAAGACUGAAGUGCAGGAACUGUUGAACAGCUCCAUGCUGAAUCCCUCACUCCGAGAUCAGGGUGAUGGGUUGGAAAGCCAGUCACUCCCAGAGAGCUUCCAGAAAUCCCAGAUAGUCAUUCCAGAGGACUUUGAAAGCAGGGAAGAGAUGGAGGAGUUUGUGCAUUCUGCUCUGACACGUCUAGAGGAAGAGCGAGAUGAGAUGAGCCAGCGGUUUGAAGAAGAGAGAAGACUUCAUCAAGCUGUGCGGCAACAGAUGACCGCCAUGAGCCGAGAGCAGCAGCAGCAUCAUCAUCAUCACAGUACACCUGCAGAGACAGGAUGCUCUGAUGGUGUUCCAGUGGAAGUUCAUGAGGCUCUGCGUUUUGCUAUGGAGAAGCUCCAGGAGCGUUUCACAACUGUCAUGCAGGAGAAGGUGGAUCUGAAGGAGAGGCUGGAGGAGCUUGAGCAUCGCUGUAUCCAGCUUUCCGGAGAAACGGACACUAUCGGUGAAUACAUUGCACUGUAUCAGAACCAGAGAGCCAUCAUGAAGCAGAGACACUUUGAGAAAGAGCAAUACAUCAACACCCUGGCCAAAGACAAAGAGGAGAUGAAGGCUAAGUUAGCAGAGCUACAGGACCUUGUGAUGCGUUUGGUGGGUGAAAGAAACGAGUGGUACAGCAGAUACAUGAGUGCCAUCAGUAAUCCCGACCUGCUGCCCACUGGAGAAGACCACAUUCACCCUGCAGAGAGACGCGAGGAGCUCAAUGGAGAGGACAGCCCAGCGAUUAUGGACAUAAGCUCGGCUGUUGAUCUUCAGUCUUCAUCACCUCGGUCCAGCACAGACCCUGAGGUUCAGUACCAGAGCCCUGAGAGACCAGGAUCUGGACCAGAUGUCUCAGCCGGCCCGUCUCUGAGACCCAAAGAAGACGGCACUGCCCGUCAGAUCAUGCAGCUUCUCCAGGAGAUCCAGAACCCUCAGGCCAGAACCCCUCCCUUUCUGGGUGAAAACCCCUGCAUCCCGUUCUUCUACCGGCCCGAUGAACAUGAUGAAGUGAAGAUCUUGGUGGUCUGAU